AUGACACCUUUGGGCCAAGUAAAACAAGGGACACAAACUGUCACGUGGAGAGAUGGUUUGGGAUCGUUAAACAGUCAAUUCUGAGAAAUCAGAGAAGACUAAGGGCAGGGACUUUUGUUCGAAAAAUGUAUGGCUCUUUACAGGGAAGAUACAGAGAACACAUUAUGUGUCACAACUUCUCAGAGCAGUUGCUCCUCAAACCCAUGCCACCAAAAGACAUCACUCAGUCUCAGGAAGGUUGGGCAAAGAGAAAUGGAACAAAGCCUCUCACCACCAGGUCCAAAUAUUUCAAUGCUCCAUCCACUCUUCCAGUUCCAAAGAAAGCAAAAUCAACACAGAACACUGGCAGAGAUCUUCAGAAGACCACAGAUGACCUCACAAUUAAAGGGUCAACACCUGUCACAGAGGUUAAUGCCCUUUGGAAAUGCAAACCAUCGGAAGUUGUUGUAGCUGUUGUGCAAGAUGCUGAACAGAAAACCACUUACACCCUCCGGCACAGGGAAUUCCAAACUUUGAAGCCUGAUGAACUCAUCAUGGGCGAGGUGAUAGAAUGUUACAUCAGAGCCAUCCUCAACUCCAAGGGUACUGCCCAGCGACUGUACUUGAUGAAUCACUACACCAUUGGCGUAAUAUUACAUGGCACAAGGGAGCAGAUGGCCAGGCAAGGGUUAAAAAAGGUCACAUUUGAUGACUAUGAUGGAGCCAUUGGAUUUGUUAACAUAAGAAAUGUGCACUGGAAGUUUGUGUAUCUUCAUGCCCUCUCAAGCCACAUUUUUGUGGUUGACCCUCAGCAAGGGUCAAAUGAAGUUGAGGAGUCCAAAAAGGCUGGUCACAGAUUUGGACAAUAUUUCAAGAUGCGCAGGAACAGAUUUGGAAAGGAGGACUGGGUUAACAUCAAGUGGCAGCCUGGCCAGAUAACCCAUACCUUCCAGAAAGAUGUCACCAGUUGUGGGGUCUUUGUCAUGCAGAUGGCCAAGAUGACAGUGAUGGGAUUCCCAAACAUACCACAAACAUUUCACAUUGACUCUGCAAAGAAACGUCUUCAGGUUCUAAGAAGAGAAAUGGCAGAAGAAAUUCUGAAAGGAUCAGUUUCAAAGGAUGACUUCUGUUCCCUGUGUGGAAGUGAGGACCUACCCAAAAAUGUUGCUAAUGCUGUUUGGAUUCAAUGUGAGACUUGCACAAGGUGGUUUCACACACAUUGCCUUGGAAUUACAGCAUCACAAAUACCAAGCACAGAUACCCCCUGGUAUUGUGAGUUGUGCAAGAGCCCUGAGUUGAGUAGCUGAGGGUAAGUUUGACUAACUCUGACCUGAGAUGGAACAGUUAAGCUCAGGAGAUUUUUGGAAUAGAAUUCCAUAAUCUUUAACAGUAGGACUAUAUUUACAGACUGCAUUUAUGUGGAAGUGUGGUCCAGCCAGAAGUUAUAA